AUGUCAAGUGCAGGAAUGCCUCAACUGACCAUAAUCACGCUUGAGCUCUCCUUCCGCUCGGCCGUUCACACACCUACUUCGUGUAGUUGUAGUUGCGAGAAUAGGCGCUUCCAAACACGUCCUGUGUCUCUAAGUAAGAAUGUCCAUUGGCAGACACCCAUUAGCAGACCAAGAGCGGGGGAAAACGAUCCAGCAACCUCAGCUACAUUCCUUCAUCUGGCCAUGCCUGAUGCCGCAUUUUCCCUUCCUUAUCGUGUUAGGGUAGCUGACGCCCACCUGCUGUCCUCCUUCCCCUCCACCGCACUGAGGACACGGACCCUGUCUUCUGCGACAUUCCAUCAUCUCAAUUUCAUCGUUGUCAUGGUAUAUGCUAUGACUGUGCCGUCGGAGGAGGACACGAUAGCGACGCCGACGACAAUGGGGAUGGAGGUAAAGAAGUGA